AUGGAAAAAAAUACGAAAUCAGCUCAAAUUCAAACAAAUGAUUUAUCCGGCCAUGAUUUAGCAAGUGUUGACGAAGAAGGUGAUGUCUUAAUUGUUAGUGAAUCAACGAUUAAAUUUGAUAGUUCAACAGAACUUCAAGUGUUACGUAAUAAAAUAAAAGAAUUGAAAUUACAAUUAAUAGAAAAAUAUGAGUCAGAACGAAAAUAUGAAGAUCAAAUAAGAAACUUAACAACAGAAUUGAACAAUUCACGAUCAUUAGUCAAUCAGUAUGCUAAUAAACAAGUUGAUUAUGACAUUUUAGAAGAAAAAUGUGAACAAUAUCGACGACAAUUAUUUAAAAUCGGUCAACAAGCAGCCGAAGUUUUAGAGCUAUAA